UCGGCAGCCCGUCCACCGUCCCAGGGGCACUCAGUGGCCGCGUUUUCCUUCUGGAUUCUUCUACGCGUGAUACGUUGUCGCGGCUUUUGCUCGUCGGCGACGAGACCUGCAAUCAAAUCCGAUAAAAUGUCCAGCUAUGGAGGUCGUGAGCGACACAGCGAGCGCAAGACCGACGCAUAAGCAAUGGCGACGCGUCGCCAAGAGAGAGCGACGUCGACGGCUGCGAUGCGCCGCCGCCCGCGAGCGCGAGGUGGACGCGGAGCGACUCAAGAUGGCGCUCGAGCGGAGCGCGGGAUAUUCAAACUGGCUGGCCGAGCAAGAGGAACAUGAACGGCAACGAGAAGAGGAGGAAAGGCGCGAGCGCGACGAAAGAGAGAGACUGUGGCUCGAGGAAGAGGUGAAGGCUCAAGAAGAGUGGAGAGUCCAGCAGGAAAGGAAAGCUCGAGCGCGGCAGGAGCAGCUGCAACAGGAGGCGAAGAUCCGGCAGGAGUUCGAGGAGAAGCAGAAGGCGCAGCGCGCGAAAAAGGAGGAGGAGCAACGGUUGCGGGACGCGGAAUUCGAGAGGCAAAGAGAUUUACAGAGAAGGAUAGACGAGUAUAUCGACGAGGGAGCCAGCACUCCGGAGACCUUCCGGGUGGUGACCGACAGUCAGCCCGGCAGGGAGCUCUGUCCAUUUUUCACAAAAACGGGAGCAUGUCGGUACGGCGACACCUGUUCCAGGAACCAUCGCAGGGUGUGCCUGAGCAAGGUGAUCCUGGUACCGGGCUUCUACUCCCACUUCUCCUUGGAGAAAAAUUCCGCCGAGUACGACACCGACGUGGGCCUCGAGUUCGAGAGCUCCGAGACCCGGCGCCACUUCCGGGAGUUCUACAAGGACGUGGUGCCGGAACUAGAGAGCUUCGGCAGGAUCAGGACUCUGAAGUACUGUUGCAACACGGAGAUCCAUCUUCGAGGUAACUUGUACGUGGAGUAUUACACGGAGAGGGAAGCGGCCAGGGCCCUGAGGAAGCUCAAGGGUCGCUGGUACGCCGGGAGGCAGCUCAACUGCGAGUUCGUCAACCUGAAGUCCUGGAGGAACGCCGUCUGCGGCAUGGGGAAGUGUCCCAAAGGGAGGGCAUGCAACUUCCUCCAUACCUUCAGGAAUCCUCGGGACGAGUACGACAUCAAGAGCCCCCCGAUGUGGGCGAAGAGAGCAGGAAGUCAGGACCCCUCGGCAAGCUCCAGGAGGAGUAGCAGCAGGAGGCAGUCCUCGAAAUGGGAGGAAUCCGUCCGGGGUGAGAACGAGAGCGGAAGCUGGAGGUGGUCCGAGUCUCCGGAGCCGGAGAUUCGAGAGAGACGCCGUCGAAAGGACUCCAGAGACGAAGAGCAGCCCCGGAAAAAAAGGACCUCUGCUUCGAGGAGUUCCAGGAGCUCGCAGGACUCAUCCCGUAGGCGAACGAAACCCGGCAGGUCCGAGGAAGACGGGACUCGGCCCGCGGGACGUUCCGAAAAGUCCGGAAGCGAGAACCGGAAGGAGCGGUCAACCGGGGCCAGAAAAAAUGGAGGAAUGGAGUCAUCUCGCGAGGGCAGAGGUUCUUCCCGGAAAUCGAGGAUUCCAGAGAGUUCUUCAUCUAGUCGCAGGUCGAUCGCAUCGGAGAGCGAUUCGUCAAAAACGAAGAGAACUUCUAGAAAACGGAAACGUGGCGUAUCCGCGUGGGAUACGAACGAAAAGAGCGUUGCUUCCGGUUCGGAGAGUGGCGAGUCCAGUUCUUCGGGGUCCUCUGGUGCCGAGAACCCUGAAGAUGCCGCCAAAGACAAGCCUCCUUCGAACGGGAAUUGGGAUACCUCAGACUGCGACGAGGAGCCGCAGAAGACGCGGCGAUGAGUUUAACUAUUAAUUACCGACCUUUUAAUUGAAUCCAAAGAUGGCGGUCGACGCCACACCACCCUACAAUAAGCCUGUCUACUUUGUACAAUUCGAUUAAA